AUGUCAAACGCAGCUUCACUUGUUAGAUAUGUUUGGUCAUGGUUGAAUGAUAACACAUGGCAGGAAUACACAAAGCAACAAUGUGAACAGUUUGAUGAAGCAUUGGCAAAGAAACAAACAGAGAUCAAUGUUGAUAAAGAUAGAUACAUAGACGUUUCACUAUCAUUCAAUGAUAUUGUUACCAACUUCAAUAACGUGAAGGAUCCAAACUUGAUUGGAAUACAAAGGAGAUAUGAUGAUAAAAUGAAGAGACGUGCUGUUAGGAGAGAGGCUGUGUCUGUGGAUUAUCUCAAGGGCGUUAAGUUCUGCUUCAUGGAUUCACAGAUUGUUGACAGUAAGAAGAAGAAGUCAAAGGAGUUGAAGUCGAUCCAAGACAACAUCACCGGAAUGCAAGGAUCAGUCACCACCACCUUGGACUCAAAGGUCCAAUACCUGAUCGUCAUGCCAAACGAAAUCAAAAGCACUGAUGCCGCAGCAUUCAACAACGUGCUCGCCAGUGCUGCCGCAUGUGGUACCAUCGCCAUCGAAUCCACCUUUGUCAACAGCUGUAUCUCUGCCAAGAAGAAGGUUGACCAUGCUUCAUUCGUUGUCAGCAAGAAAACUGUUCCUGUAGUGGCUGCCACCACUUCUACUGCUGCUGCUGCUGCGGCCACGACUACCACGGCUACAGCGGUUGCUGCUGACUCUCAAUACUUUUUGGCUGGAAGCGAGUGGACUGGCAUUUGUGGCUCUGGAUCAGACCAAUAUGUUAUGAACCUCAAUCUGGCAACAAUUGAUAAAGCCGGCGAGAUCAAUGGAACUCUGAAUUGGCCAACGCUGAGCCAAGCAGUGACCAAGUUCAAGGGCACACUGAAGGAUCACAAGAUCACCUUUGAGGAGUACGAGCUGGUCUCGGGCGACCCUGACGAGAUUGAGCUGCCCAACAAGUACACAGCAACCAUCUUCCUGGACAAGAUCUCGGGUGGCGUCGACGAGUCCAAGUUUGAGCUCAAGUUAGCCAAAUCACCAUCAGUCGAUCUAUUGCGACCACUCACCAACUACAAGGGAUCAGUCACACAGUAUGACCAGUUCAAGCUCAAGGUGACCAAGCGCGAGGACAACCAGUUGGAGGGAACAAUCGAAUGGCCACACUACAAGGCCAACUGUACUUUUAAGGGUGUCAUCGAGAAGGAGACCAUCGUAGUCAAGGACUACUCCGAGGGCAAGGUUCUCGGACCAGAGAUCAAAGCACCUUUCACAAUCACCACCAUCCAGGACAAGAACAAUGUCAGUAUGAAGAUUACUGUUGCCAAUUGA